CCGUCCUGCAGAAGGUGACCUGGCCAUCCCUGAGACAUCUGACAACAGUAAGAAGCUGAUGGUGAGAACGCGCAGCAAGAGGAAGUUCCUCUUCAAGGUCCCGGAAGAGGAGAGACUGCAGCAGAGGAGAGAGAUGCUGAGGGACCCUGAGCUGAGGUCCAAGUUGAUCUCCAACCCAAUCAACUUUAACCACGUGGCACACAUGGGCCCCGGCGACGGCAUGCAGGUCCUCAUGGAUUUGCCUCUGGUAAACACAGCUAGAGCCAAAAUGGCUGCCUCAUACUGUAUUCAUAACCCAUAGGAGAUAGUUAAAGGACUCAACUUGGAUAUAACCCGUUUUAGCAUGGACAUUGUCAUUGAGGCACAUUUUCAAACAUCAAAAGGAGAAGAAAAUGUACUUUAAAAUGGAGGUAGCCUUAAUGGCGCUGCCCAUGCUGUCACAGACGCCAUAAUGGCACAGAUACAAAGAAAGAUAGGACCUCUUUCCAUCUCUGUCAUAACCCAACUGACGUUGCAGGAAGCAAAAUGGCUUCCCAACCCCAUGAUAACCUGACUGAUAUUGUAGCAGCCAAAGUGGCUGUCUAUUGCAAAUUAACUGACAUUUGCUGUACCCAGGACAGCUACUGCAAAUAACCUAACUGAUAUCGCAGGAACCAAAAUGUCCACCCUGUGUUAACCUUCCU